AUGGUCGGUGCUGUGCUGUGGGCCGCAGCAGAUGUUAUAUCAGAUGGUGUCAUUGGUGAACAUAGUCCAUCGACAAUGAAGUCAAGCUCAGAUCAAUCUGCCUCAUCCGAUAUCGAGGCUGCGACACAGGUGCUCGACUUGCUGUCCGACACCAAAGAGGACACGAUGCGAACAAAGCGCGAGAAGGAUGGUGGCGGCAGCGCGCAUCACAAGGACAAAGACAGCGACACCAAGUUGUCGGGCGAACAAGACGCGCUCAUCUCGGGCGCCGUCAUGCUGCUGUGCGGUGCCUUCCUCCACUACUAUUACGGCACUGCGCACAUUGUCAGCUUCUACGCGCACGACCACAUGGCGCCCAACGGCCUGCCGAUGAUCCCACCCAACACUGUGUACAUCGCGGCGUUUGUCUCGGGCAUCUUCCAGGCAUUCUCACUCAUCUACUUGCUAAAGGCAUUCGAGUCGUCGUCGUCGACGAUCAUCGUGCCGCUCAUGCAGCUCAACUCGCUGUUUGUGUUGCCCAUGAGCAUCGUGCUGUCCGUGCUCAGCCACUACUUCCCCACGCUCAGCACGUUCGACCAGAUCAUCUCGCCUGUGCACUUCCUGGCGUUCGUGCUGAUCUUUAUCGGCGGCUUCUACCCGGCGAUCGAGGGCGAGUGGAGCCAGUUCUCGCGCUCCUUCUGGCGCCAACCAGCCGUCACGCAGGUCAUCCUCUCGGACUUCCUCAUUGCGAUCUACUACCUCAUCGUGUCGUUCUGCACCAACGAGACGGGUGGCAUGACGUCCAUGUCGUUCCUUGUCAUCUCGAUCUACGGCAACGCCACGACCUUCCUCUUCCUCGUGGUCUUUGUCGGACGUUACCGACGCUCGGCCAACGAGCUGCUGGUCAUGCGUCCGAAGUACAUACUGCUGUCGUCACUGGGCGAGAUGUUCUCAAUGUCUGGCUACUUCUUUGUAUCGAUCUCCUACCAUCUAUAUUACAACAGUGGCGUUGUCAGCGCCACUGAAGGCGCGCUCAAUCAACUAUUCAACCUGCUUCUGGCCAUCUUCCUCAAGAAAGUCUUCAACUUUGGACGCGAAGUCAAACGAAUCAGAGAGAAGCUAUACUCUUGUGCCAUUGUAUCUGUUGGACUUGUACUCACGUCGACCUAA